CCCAGAGCGAAGGGCACGUCAUCGUGUACAGUAUAACGUGAACCUCGGAAGCGUCGCUAUAACUUAUAUUUUAACAGGUUUCGGAGUCGAAUUAUGAAUGUUAGCCGACACGCUUAUUUGGUACACUUGCCUCUCAUGUGAGCUAGCAUCGUGUCCAGGAAGAAGGCGACGGAGAAGUCGAUUUACUGAAGGGAAAUUUGUUCCAUCGACCUUCCUCGUUGCUGCUGUCAACGGCGCAUGUACAAUAUGUCACGUCCGAUGCAUGCGGUGGAUUUGUGAGCAUCCAGGAUGACAUCGGAGGCUGCCGCUUCUGUCUCCACACCUCCAGCCCUUAGCAGUACUCCAGCCAGGAGGGACCACUACUGGCUGCGCUCCUUUGUAGCUGGAGGUGUCGCAGGAUGCUGUGCCAAGACUACAAUCGCUCCUCUAGACCGAGUAAAGAUUCUGCUUCAGGCCCAGAAUCCUCACUACAAACACUUGGGCGUGUUUUCUACUCUAAAAGCCGUGCCAAAAAAAGAAGGCUUCCGUGGCUUGUACAAGGGUAAUGGGGCAAUGAUGGUGAGGAUAUUUCCUUAUGGCGCAAUCCAGUUCAUGGCCUUUGACAAUUAUAAAAAGUUGCUUAGUAAACAACUUGGGAUCUCCGGACACAUUCACCACCUCAUGGCUGGAUCCAUGGCAGGUAUGACAGCGGUAAUAUGCACCUAUCCACUGGACAUGGUUCGAGCCAGACUGGCCUUCCAGGUGACUGGGGACCAUCGCUACACAGGAAUCGCUAACGCCUUUCACACGAUCUAUUUGAAGGAGGGUGGAUUCUUGGGCUUCUACAGGGGACUCACCCCAACCCUCAUUGGAAUGGCCCCUUAUGCAGGUUUCUCCUUCUUCACCUUCGGGACCCUGAAAAGCCUCGGCUUGAAACAUUUCCCAGAGACGCUGGGACGGCCGUCCUCGGACAACCCCGACGUCCUGGUUUUAAAAACCAAAGUCAACCUGCUGUGCGGAGGAGUUGCUGGCGCCAUCGCUCAGACGAUAUCCUAUCCUUUAGAUGUGGCACGGCGAAGGAUGCAGCUAGGAUCUGUGCUUCCUGAUUCGCACAAGUGUGGCUCCCUGAGCAAGACCCUGUCCUACGUCUACAAGGAGUACGGCAUCAAGAACGGGCUGUACCGAGGCCUCUCGCUCAACUACAUCCGCUGCGUGCCCUCUCAGGCUGUGGCCUUCACCACGUAUGAGUUCAUGAAGCAGCUCCUCCACCUAAACUAGAGGCCGCGUCGCUCAUCUGACUCUUGCAGACAUUUACGCGGUAUGUCUUAAACACCGCAAACUCGACCGCAGUAAAUCCGUUAAUGCAGUGUGAUGUGGAGGGAGGAAAAGGACAGCAGAUAUUAUUCUGCUUCCCACCCCUACAUUAUUUUUUUACAGUGGUGCCUUGACUUAUAAGUUUAAUUUGUUCUGUGACCACGCUCAUAACUCAAAUCAUGUCUGUGUGGAUUCUCAGUCGUGGUUUCAACAAAUAAGAACAGUCCGGUUGCCUUCGUUCAACCUUUGCGGAUAUCUCAAAUAAUCUUUCCCCAUUUAAUAGAAAUGCCAUUCAUCUGUUCCAGCGACUCCAAAAACAAAAAACACCAACAAAAUGUUUGCACUGUUUUGUAAUAAGAAAACUCGUUAUUACUUUGUAUUUUAUGAAAACAUACAGUACUAACAUAAUUAACUAGAAUGUGAGAAGUUAAACAGUUUGUGCAUCAGGAUUUCAUGCUUUAAUUCAUUGUGCUGCUCCUUUUGGUGUGCACACUUUGGCCAGCAGGGGGCAUUAUAAUACAGACACAUAAUACAUGAGAAGAAGACGACCCCAACAAAAUGACUCAGUAAGCUGCAAUAUAGCUGUAAAAAAAAAAAAAAAAACUGUAGUAUUAGUAUUUUUUUGCAGAGGAUAAAAGCUAUUAGUUAUAUUAUCUGUUUACAUGUGUUGCUGCACCGUUUAUGUUCAAAUAUCCGUUGCUUAAAGGUUUAUAACAACUGCAAUAUUGAUGCUAGUUUCGUUAACCUCUCUAUGGCCUUUUUUAUUGUGUUAGCAUUAUGCCAGCUGACUUUGGUAAUUUAUGUGGUGUUUGGUUAUGUACACAGUGUUGAAUACACAUUCUUUGUUUUAUGUUUAGUUUUAUGCUAAACCUCAACUGGGAGUGGCAAUAAACGGCUUUAAACAAACACUUGCCCACUUUUUGAAGAAUUGCGCUUGCUACCAACUCAAGACAAAAAAAAUUGGCUGAAGGACGGCUUGUAUCACAAAAAAACUUGUAAGUUGAAGUACCACUGUAGUUUCUGUUUUCAUUUCUACCAUGGACACAACAGGCAGCUGGAAACAACCAUAAACAAUCAACUAUUUCUAUCAUCACAGAAAAAAUAAAUCCACACAUUUCUUUGUAUUUUAUUUUUUUUUUUCGUGAGUUUGAUACACUGAAAGUAAAAUUUUUUAUGGUUCACGUCUUUAUAAAUGUAAGGGGUGAGUAAUAAAAGCAUAUUUGCCUGUUUUUUUGUUUGUUUUUUUUUUCCAAAAACAGCUCUACAAAAAUUGACCAGUUUGUGAAUGAGUUCUCAUUUUGCCAAACUUUGAAUAGAACAGUAUCGUGAAUUUUUAUUAUUAUUUUUGUUUUUGUCAUGCAUACAGAUCUUUGUGUGCUCAUAAUCAUAUAAUCACUUGCAAUUCCACGAUCACAGUACAUGCAUUCAUACUUGAUGAUUUUACUUGUUGAUGUUCAUAUUUAGAUGAAUGUAGAUCCGAUAUGUCCGGAUCAGCUGAUCGUCUGAAAGAAGGGAAAAUUGCACUUUAACUGUUUACCUUUUUCUUCUGUUUUUAAAAAAUAUAUAAAUUCAGCUACAUGCUGCCAUGGGUGGUAGCGUUGCUUACAGAAAUGUUGUGGUUUACAGUGAUAGCUGAACAAAUUCAUGCGAAUAAAACAAGAGUAUGUGUCAGAUUA